AUGGCCAGCAUCAAUGAUCUACCUGAGGAAGUCCUCCUGGAGUUGUUCUCCCUGGUGCCAGCCUUGGAGCUGCUGAGGCACUGCCGGCCAGUCUGCAGCCUCUGGAGGGACCUCAUUGACCAGGUGUGCCUGUGGAAACGCAAAUGCCAACAAGAGGGCUUCAUCUCCAAGGAUUGGAACCAUCCUGUAGCUGACUGGAAGGCCUUCUACCUCUGUUGCAGCCACCCAAAGAACCUGAUCCACAAUGCCUGUGGUCAAGAUGGGUUGAAUUUUUGGAUAACUCCAGAUAUAAAGAAAGAUUAUUGGACUGCAAAAGACAUCCCUGGACUCCCUGUCCAGAAAUGCUUUUUCUCAUGCUAUGGUCAUACUCUCAAGUCUCAGAUGGUGAACCUGAAAGCUGAGGGCUAUGGUGAAGAAAUGAUGGACAUAGUAAGGCCAGACAUUGUGGUCAAGGACAUGUUUGCUAUCAGAUACAACAUUUUCUGCACCUACUACUGCUCCGUGUUAUUCCUAGAUUAUAAUUUUAAAAUCCUGCAUAUGCUCAGACUCUCAGAGGCAGAGUAUAGAUGGAUCAACAAUGAGUGGAUAGUGGUCUCCUGCACAUUGUCCAACUAUAGCCCGGGAAUCCGUUACAUCUACUUCCAGCAUGGCGGCAUGGGGUUUCAGGGCUUUAAGGGCUUGUCUUGGCCAUAUGUGUUCAAAGUCACUAGCAGCAGCAUCACCAUUGGUCCUGUGAGAUUUGCCAACACCCAAAGGCAAAUGGAGAAUGAUUUAAAUUGA